AUGAGCCAGCAGAGUUGGAAGCAACAGCAGCAGCAUGCUCAGCAACUGCAGGAUGCUGUGAACGCAUAUUGGGUUGCACCAGAGGCGGACAGAUCCACAGCCGUGCAGGGGGUGUGCCGCGUGUUUGAGACAGUCCUGGCCGACACGGGCUUUCCAGGCUUGAAACACCUCGUCGACACAGAGCUCAAAUGGUCCCACCACUUUGCGACGCUGGUGUUGGAUUGUGUGCAGUACCUGGGCGACGCCCUCAUGCAAGAAGAGAAGAUCGCUGGGAGGCGCCUUUCGACCAAGAAGAAGGGAAAGAAGGAGCCCCAGCGUGUCGAUCACAACAACGGCAGCGAAGAUGCCACCUCCACCACUACCACUACCACUAAAACUACCACUACCACUACCACAGCAGCGAACCACCAACCCGCCAGAACUGCCACCGUCACUGCUGCUGUGCCUACGCCUGCCGACGACACCUCAACCAAGGUUGUUGCCCGCCCUGCUGAGCCACAACAGCUUAGCGACACUGGCUCGACAACCCCCAAGCCUGCCCAUGGCGACAACCACAACGACAACGACAGCAUCAACGCAACGGCUGCUGCCACCACCACCACCACCACCACCAGCAGCAGCAGCGUCACGAACGCCGACACCAACGCCGACACCACCAGCGCCAAAGCAACAGCUGAUACCAUGGUCGACAAGGACGAUGCCAACGCCGCCAGCAGCGCCAGUAGUGCCAACACCCAGGACAAGAAGGAAAAGAGGAAAAAGAAGAAAAAGAAGAAAAAGAACAAGAAGAGCAAGGAGGCUGACAAGGUGCUACAGAGCAAGAUCCAGGUGUGCCACGCCCUGCUCAGCUCACUCAGCGGCGCACACAUCACGCCGCAAGCCAAGGAGAGCGCCGUGGUGCUGUGUGUCGCCGGCCUCCGCACGAAGAUGCUUGACCCAACGCUGAUUGUGCGCAUCGUGUCGACCUUUGGCGUGGCCCUCCCGCGUGACGUCGUGGCGGCGUUUGUGGCAGACAAGAUUGGCGCGCGCCUGUCGCCAGAGGACGGCACGGUGCUGAAGCUCUUUGACCCAACAUCGACCCGCCCCAAGCACGUGAGCGUUGCCGUGCGCCUCAUGCUAGAGCUGGACAUGGUGGACGCCAUCGAUCCAUAUGCGGUCAUGUACCGGCUGGUGCAGCUUGAUGUGUGGCCGCACCUCCAGACGUACGCUCGCGCCGUGGCCAGCAACAACCAGGCAGGGAAGGUGGAGCGCAUUGUGAACAUGCUGUACGCACGUGACCGGGAGCGCAUGGCGUUCAAGCUCAUCGACGCCGCCAACCUGCACGAGCGCUUCCCCAACGCACGCGAGCGCUACUGCCGCAACAAGAUUGAGCACUUUGUCAGCAAGAACCUGUUUGACCUUGCAGCGGUGGCGGCGACAGGCAACAUUGACCUCCGCACGUACAUGAUCGACAUGCUGGUGCAGCGCGGGCACAUUGGAAAGGCGCACGACUACUGCCGCAUGUGGGGCCUGGAGAGCGACUGCAACAUUGAUGACGAUAAGCUCAAGGCCUUUCACAUUCGCCGCGCUCGGGAGUUCCUAACCCUGCCACAGCAUCUGUACGACAGCCUGCUGUUUGUGCAGGAUGCAGCGGGGCUGGCUGCUGCACGUGAGGUGCUGUUGCGGCCGUGGCCAGACGCGCGCGUGGCGCUGGUUGGACUCGACUGCGAGUGGCGGCCCGUGCUGCCGUCGUGGGCACAGCCGGAUGGCCUGCGCAGGCGUAGUCGCAGGCACGACAGCGACAGGAGCAACAAGCAUGGUGAUGGUGCCAGUGGUGGUGGUGCUGCUGAUGAUGAUGUUGAUGAUGACGAUGGUGAUGUUGAUGUUGCUGAUGAUGUUGAUGAUGUUGCUGAUGGUGAGGGGACGACUGUUGAGGAUGGUGCGCGACACCACAAGGAAGGGGAGGGGAAACAGAAGCAGCGCGUGUCGAUUCUGCAGAUUGCACGACACGAUGCGCUAGUCAUCCUGGACAUGCUGGCAUUGGAGCCGGCGCACUUCCACGCGUUUGUGACUGACCUGUUUGCAGACCCAGCCAUCAUCAAGGUUGGGUUUGCGUUUGACGGCGACAUGAAGAUGUUGCGCAAGACAUUUCCCGACGCGGAAUGCUUCUCCACCCUCCGAUCGCUGCUGGACUUGCAGUCCUUUCGUCAUGCGCUGACGUCAGCGGGUCCCAAGUCGGGCGGCCUGAAGGAGCUCGUGCGCCACUUCAUGCACAAACCGCUGGACAAGACGGAGCAGAUGUCCAACUGGAACCGGCGUCCGCUCACGCCAUCACAGCUGCACUACGCCGCCCUGGACGCGCACGUGUGCGUUUCGCUUGCAGAGCGGAUGCUGCAGGCAUUGGCGACCCGGACUGGCGGUCAUGACGGCAGUGCUGGUGUGGUGGCAGGAGAGGUGGUGGAGGGUGAUGACGAGGGUAAGGAGGAACAGCAGUAUGAGGGUAAGGAAGAGACGGGUGAAAGGGGUGUCGGUGUGGAGGGUGGGAAGCCCGGGAGCGCUGCGAUGGAGAAAGAAGAGGACACAAGCGCAACCUCCCAAGAUGAAGGCAGAGAGCCCGACACUAUCACGGAGCAACAACACCAGCAGCAGCAGGAGCAGCAUCAGCAGCAGCAGCAGCAGCAGCAGCAGCCAACACACUCGCUGCAUGCCCUGGCGAAACAGCAUGUUGUUGAUGUGCACGCGGUGAGUGAAGAGCAGGAGAAGGCGCAAAAGGCAGCGGCAACGGCCCACCAGAAGACAAAGAAGAAGCAGAAGAAACAGUUCAAAGCGAAACGGGGCGCGGUGCCAGAGCAUGCGCGUGGUGGUGCUGGCGGUGAAGAGGUGGCAGCAGGUGGUGUUGGCGGGUACGCUGGCCCCAAGACGAACGGGGUGCUGCUGCGGUUGCUGCAGAAGUACCAGGAGUCGUGCUGCCUGCCUGCGCUGGAGGUGACGGCGCGUCUGCCGCGCUCGGCUCCAAAGGCUGCCCUGCACGACGUGAAGCGCAAGGGCCGGGAGGGCCGGGAGGAGGACUGGGUGCCUGCAUGCAAAUGGCAGCCGCCGCCACACGCUGACGACGACCUUGACCAGCCGCUGACGUCGCGGGAGCUGGCGGCGGUGCUGGUGGGCGUUGGGCUGGACCCGAGCGAGUGUCUUCGCCCUGCAGCCGAAGUUGACGCUGCAAUGACAGCAGCGAGCAGGGGCGUUGGUGGCACCGGUGGUGGUGUUGGUGAUGUUGAGAGUGGCGGUGAUGAUGGCGGUGGUGGCGAAGAGGAGGCCGUCACGCACGAGCAAGCAGUGACAACGGAACAACAACAACAACAACAACAACAACAACAACAACAACAACAACAACAACAACAACAACAACAACAACAACAACAGCAGCAGCAGCAGCAGCAGCAGCAGCAGCAGCAGCAGCAGCAGCAGCAGCAGCAGCAGCAGCAGCAAGAAGGCCCAAAGUGGCACCAUGUGAAGAGCCUGGCGUUCAAUGUGCAGGGCGUGCCGGUCAUGUUUCUGCUGGAAGCGGAGGUGUCGGUGAACAAGUCCACGGUGGCACAGGAUGUGGGCGUGACACGCCACGCCGUGCUGCUGGCCACCCCUGACGAUUGCGUGCGGGUGUUUGGAUACUUACCGGGAACCAUGCCACCCUUUGGGCAUCGCCAGGUCUUCCCCGUUGUCAUUGACACGCCCCUCGCCAAGAAGCACCCGGACGACAUGUGCGUGUUUGGGGGCGGCAACCUGCACACGCGGCUUGUGCUGCCACUGCGCACGCUGCUCGACAUUGCGCAACCGACGGUGUUCCCGCUGUCGGAGUCGCCAAAGCAGCUGUCGCUGUACGAGCCCGGCAUGCCAUUGCGGUUCAUCGCCGACAAGACGCUCUCCCGCCUGGUGCGAUGGCUGCGGUGCGCGGGCGUGGACAUUGUCAUGUGCCGGGAGCACGGGUGCGGCAACCUGAUUCAGGCGGCGCACGAGACUGGCCGCAUUGUGCUGACGUGCAGUCCAAAGUACGCGCAGCGGCUGCACCACGUGCGGCACUACCUGUGCUCGGAGCGCAGCGUCCAGGCGCAGAUGCAGGAGGUCGUGUCGCACUUCCAGCUGGUGGUGGACGGCAGCACGUUUCUGAGCCGCUGCACCAAGUGCAACAGCCGGUUUGAGCACGUGGCCCCCGAGCAAGUGCGCGAUGUUGUCCCCGCAGGAGUGCUGAAGAAGGUGCACGACUACUGGCGGUGUCUUGGGUGCAGGCAGGUGGUGUGGCAGGGGCAGCAGUAUGCCAAGGUGAAGCAGAUGUUCCGCGAGUUUUUCGGCCCACUCGCCCACGCCCUCGACAGCGACAAGGAGGGGGACGCGGAUGGUCAUGGUGGCGAUGGUGGUGGAGAGAAAGGGGGUGUUGAGGGGGGGAGUGCUGAUGGUGUUGGUGACGGCGAUGGUGCUGAUGGUCGUGAGGGUCGUGAUGAUGGUGAUGGUGAGGGUGAGGGUGGUGGUAAUGGCGGUGCUCAUGGUGAUGGUGUUGGGGAGGACGAGACAACAGGGGAAGAGAUGAUGGCGUCGCUGUCAUUGCGCUGACACGUGUGGAUGUGUAGCUUGCGCUCAAGGCACGUGACUGUGUGUGUGUGUGUGUGUGUGU